AUGCCGCGCUCCUUCCUGGUGGACUCGCUGGUGCUGCGGGAGGCGGGCGAGAAGAAGGGGGAGGGCAGUCCUCCGCCGCCGCUCUUCCCCUACGCCGUGCACCCCUCGCACCCGCUGCCCGGGCUGCCGGCCGGCGCCUGCCACGCUCGCAAGGCCGGGCUGCUCUGCGUCUGCCCGCUCUGUGUCACCGCCUCCCAGCUGCACCCGCCGCCGCCCGCCAUCCCCCUCAUCAAGGCUUCCUUCCCUCCCUUCGGCUCCCAGUACUGCCACUCGCCCCUGGCCCGCCAGCAGCACUCCGUCUCCGCCGUCAGCGUGGGGCACGCCCCGGCGCUCUACCAGGGCGCCUACCCGCUGCCCGACCCCCGGCAGUUCCACUGCAUCUCCGUGGACAGCACGUCCAGCCAGCUGCCCAGCAGCAAGAGGAUGCGCACCGCAUUCACCAGCACGCAGCUCCUGGAGCUGGAGAGGGAGUUCGCCUCCAACAUGUACCUCUCCCGACUGCGGCGAAUCGAGAUCGCCACCUACCUGAACCUCUCCGAGAAGCAGGUGAAGAUUUGGUUCCAGAACCGACGGGUCAAGCACAAGAAAGAAGGCAAAAGUAGCUCCCACCGGGGCGGGGGGGGCGGCCACAGCUGCAAAUGCUCGUCCCUUUCCACCACUAAGUGCUCGGAGGACGACGAGGACUUGCGCAUGUCUCCGUCCUCCUCGGGGAAGGACGACAGAGGUCUCGCAGUCACCCCCUAA